AAUAAAUCUUGUUGUCGUCAUCCUAGCGAUUAUGAUAGCGAGUUGUAUAAAUAGCUCGGGACACCCUGGGAAUUUAUCACAUCAGCAGGUUACUUCUGAGCAACAAGAUGCGUUUCAUUAUUCUUCUGGCGACUCUUUGUUUGGCCGCGGCCUACCCUUCCGAUGAUAACUCUGGGUUCGUCGAUGUUGACGUUCCUAUGUCCAUGGAGCCGAGUGAUACUGACGAAGUUGUUGCUGAUGGUAAUCCUGGAGAAGAAAUGACGGGAAGAGUCGAGGGUGGUGCAGAAGAGGGCAGUAAUGGCUCAGAGGACAAAGGUUCCUCAAACGACGAGGAAAGUAAUCCUGAAGAAGGUGAUCAAGGUGCUACAGAAGAGCCCGAUGAUUUUUAUUCUGAAGAACCAACCACUAAUCUGUGUACCAAAGCUGGAAACGUCCGAGAUCCAGAGACUUGCGGAUUUGUUAUGUGUUCUGAAGGUUUCGACGGCAGUUUCACUGAGUUAAAUCGUCAGCCCUGUCCUCAUCAUACUUGCUUCGAUGAAGAAAAUAACCGCUGCGAAUGGAAGAGUAAAUUGAACCUUUAAAUAGCUGAAAAAGUUCAAUAAUUUAUUAUUAUUAAUCAAAGUUCUGAAAAAGUUUACAAUAAUAUAUUUGGUUGAAGGAAUUUUUAAAUUAUA